CUCUCUCUCUCUCUCUCUUCCUAUAUACUAGACAAACAUUCACAGACAUACAUACACACUCCCUCUCUAUCUCUUGAUCUCCACCACCUCUUCUUCUCUCCCAUGGUUUCAAUCUUCAGAUCAUGCCUUUCAUUCCAAAGUUCCACUUCUCCCUCUCAAGAAUUAUGGGACUAUUCAUUUCCAAGGAUUCCUCGAACGGCAACAGCGAGAGCGACAACAACGAGGAUGACAACCCUAUCUCCAACUCCGUCGAAUGCUACGCCUGCACCCAAGUCGGGGCGCCGGUGUUCCACUCCACCAGCUGCGACCGCGCCCACCAGCCCGAGUGGGAGGCCUCUGCCGGCUCGUACCUAGUCCCCAUCCGGAACCGUCCCGACAGUAAGAAAUCAACCAAGAGACCGGGGCCGUUGCGGCGAGUGCUGGACCCGCGCACCAAGCGCGUGCAGCGGUGGAACCGGGCGUUCCUGCUUGCGCGUGGCAUGUCCCUGGCGGUGGACCCGCUGUUCUUCUAUGCGCUGUCUAUCGGGAGAGGUGGGGCCCCAUGUCUCUACAUGGAUGGCGGGCUGGCGGGGAUGGUGACGGUGCUCCGGACGUGUGUGGACGCGGUGCAUCUGUGCCACAUCUGGCUCCAGUUCCGGCUGGCGUACGUGUCGAGAGAGUCGCUGGUGGUCGGGUGCGGGAAGCUCGUGUGGGACGCACGUGCGAUCGCCUCCCACUACGUGCACUCCAUCAAGGGCUUUUGGUUCGACGCUUUCGUUAUACUCCCAGUUCCUCAGGUUGUAUUUUGGCUAGUAGUACCGAAAUUAAUAAGAGAAGAGCAGAUGAAAGUUAUAAUGACAAUACUUCUAGUUAUUUUCUUGUUCCAAUUCCUCCCUAAGGUCUACCACAGCAUUUACUUGAUGAGAAGAAUGCAGAAGGUCACUGGUUACAUCUUUGGCACCAUUUGGUGGGGUUUUGGCCUCAAUCUCAUUGCCUACUUCAUUGCCUCUCACGUUGCUGGAGGAUGCUGGUAUGUUCUUGCGAUACAACGUGUAGCAGCAUGCCUGCGACAAGAGUGUGACAGAAGAAACUGCAAUCUCUCGUUGUCUUGCUCAGAGCAGGUUUGUUACCAGUUUCUGUUACGGACAAGCACCAUAGGAAGUCCAUGUAGUGACAACUCAACAGCGAUGGUCAGAAAGCCAUUGUGCUUGGAUGUUCAUGGCCCCUUCAAUUAUGGGAUCUACCAUUGGGCUCUUCCAGUCAUUUCUAGCAAUUCUGUGGCUGUUAAGAUCCUUUAUCCCAUAUUUUGGGGCUUAAUGACCCUCAGCACCUUUGGCAAUGAUCUUGAGCCUACAAGCCAAUGGCUAGAAGUAGUUUUCAGCAUAAUCACUGUGCUUAGCGGGCUGAUGCUCUUCACUCUGUUGAUAGGAAAUAUCCAGGUAUUCUUGCAUUCCGUCAUGGCGAAGAAGAGAAAAAUGCAACUGAGAUGCCGAGACAUGGAAUGGUGGAUGAGGCGGAGACAGUUGCCAUCUCGUUUGAGACAGAGGGUUCGCCAUUACGAACGCCAAAGAUGGGCAACUAUGGGAGGAGAAGAUGAGAUGGGAAUGAUCAAAGAUCUUCCCCAAGGGCUUCGAAGGGACAUUAAGCGCUAUCUUUGCUUAGACCUCAUAAAGAAGGUUCCUCUCUUCCACAACUUGGAUGAUCUUAUUCUUGACAACAUCUGCGACAGGGUCAAGCCUCUGGUCUUCUCUAGAGACGAAAAGAUAAUCAGAGAAGGUGAUCCCGUGCUAAGGAUAAUGUUCAUCGUUCGUGGACGUGUAAAACGCAGCCAAAACUUGAGCAAAGGCGUGGUUGCCACUAGUACACUCGAGCCUGGAGGCUUUCUGGGCGACGAGCUCCUCUCCUAUUGCCUCCGCCGCCCAUUUAUAGACCGGCUUCCAGCCUCGUCUGCAACAUUUAUCUGCAUAGAAUCUACAGAAGCUUUUGGGCUUGAUGCUGUGCAUCUGAGAUACAUCACGGAUCACUUUCGAUACAAAUUUGCCAACGAGAGACUGAAGCGAACAGCAAGAUAUUACUCGUCAAAUUGGCGAACAUGGGCUGCUGUUAUUAUACAGUUAGGUUGGCGCAGGUGCAGGAUGAGAAGAAGGGGUCCGGUGAUUCCUGCAGCUACUGGAAAUGGAAGCAGUGAGCAUAGACUUCUGCAGUAUGCUGCAAUGUUCAUGUCAAUAAGACCACACGACCAUCUAGAAUAAGUUCGUGGUUGCUUUUGACAUUACUCAAGUAUCCUUGUAUUUA